UGAGAUUUGCGUUGUCGACUGCAGACGUUUAAAAAUGCGGUAUCAGUUGUUAUUUACAAUAUUAUUCGCAAUUUGUCCAGCUGUCUAUUUGCUUAUACCAAAUAGUGAGGGCAUUAACAUUCCUCUCAAACGUCAUAAAACACCUAGAGAGGAAUAUAUGAAUGCACCUAAUAUUUUUGAGAAAUACGGUAUAUCCUUUGAUGUUUUACAUAAAAAGCACCAUAAUAACAACCGCACCAAUGAUUCAAUUGCCUUAUAUCGUUAUCUGGAUAAUGAAUUUUAUGGGGAAAUAGUUAUUGGCCAUCCAGGGCAAAAAUUGAAAGUAGCUUUUGAUACAGCCUGGUCGUUGUCUUGGGUUCUGUCAUCACAAUGCAAUUUUUGGAAAACACCUGGUUGUUGGUUUCAUAAUAAAUAUGAUCAUCAAAAAUCAUCUGAAUAUAAACCUGAUGGAAGACCAUAUAAAGGUAUUGAAGACUCAUAUACUCUCAAAGGUUUUUAUUCGUACGACAACAUCUCGUUCGCCCAUAGCAAUGUGACAAACCAGUCUUUUGUGGAGAUGGUAUCAGUUCCCUGGACAUUCCUCCUAAACAAAGCUGAAGGAAUUUUAGGUUUAGGUCCUAAAACCGACUCUUACACACCAUUUUUCUACACUCUAUUGGCUCAAAAUAAAAUUAAGAAACCAUUGUUCUCCAUUUAUCUUAAUGGAGAUACAAAAUCGUUGCAUGGUGGCAAUAUUAUGUUAGGGUACAUCGAACAUAGACAUAUUCAUAAGAAUCCGCAAAAAAAAGAAGAUACCAUUAAGUACUUGCCUUUAGAUGUAAGUGCUUAUUGGCAGUUUUCAGUUGAUAAAAUCAUGCUAUCCGCUCUUCCUCCUAACAAUAAAGAUAAAAUAGUAUAUUGUGAUAAUGGUUGUAAGGCAAUAGUUGACACCAGUUCAAAUGCUAUAAUUGGCCCUGCAAAUGACAUUUAUGCUCUUAAUAACGUUAUCAAGGCUAAAUCUUUUGUUAUGAAUAGGUAUUCAGUUGACUGUAGUUCUAUAAAAAAUCUUCCAGAAGUUAACUUUUUGUUAGGCGGACAAAACUUCACAUUAAAAGGCUCGGAUUAUGUCACUAAGCUGACUGUAGGACCAACAACUUUUUGCAUGUCAGCUUUCCAACCUUCAGAAGAAACUUUAAAAGAUAUGUGGAUUUUUGGCGGCGCUUUUCUGAAGAAAUAUUAUAGUAUUUACGACUUAAAGGAGCGUAUGAUUGGUUUCGUAAGAGCGGCAUAAGAUUGUUGUAUUGCAAACGAACAUUUUAGAUUUGAAUGUUUAUAUAAUUUUGAGGCGGCAGCACAUUAAGGGCUAUGUUUUGUUUUGCAUCCUUUUCUGGUCGAAAGUGUCAUUCCUUUUUUUUAAAAAUGCCGCUCUUAAAUAUUUGCUACAAAUGUUUUACAUUUCAUUCAUGCUUUAUAAUUAAAUGCUUUUUUGCCACAAGUGCCUUCAAUUAUCCUAUUAAAAAUGUAAACUAACUCUUUAAUAGUAUGUUUGUAAGCUUUUCUAAAAUAAAAAUUUCUUUUUUG